AAUUUAAUGAUUUUGUUAUAGUACUCUCUCUCUUUUCCUUUUUUUUUUGGAUUGAGUUCUAAUCGUGUUAUAUAAGUAAAAGCCAUAAGCCCAGCUCAUUCCUAAUAAAAAACAAUUUGGGGUUUUCAGCAUGUAUAUAUACACACACUCUCGAUUCACAAUUCGUUACUACCCCUUUGUCUGGCAAAUAUGAACGUGUCGUUUUCCCUGUCCCUCUCUUCAAAGCCAAGAAAGCAACAACCCUCCUGUUCAAACCUAAGAAAGGAACAAGCCUCUUGUUCAAAAGAAUUCGACCCCUCCAAACCCCCAUCAUCUUCCACCAAACAAAUCAUAAUCCUUCCAAAACACAAUGAACGGUGUCCCAUCGAACGGAUGAAAAACCUGGAUGAUCAAUUCGAGAUUGAUAAUGGUGGCACACCAACUGUAGAUGGUAUAUCUUACGGUCUUAACGUCCGCCGCCAAUCUGAAAACCAUAAUCCGAAACAGUCGAUGUUGCAUAAGCUUAGGGAGGAUUUGAAGAGGUUACCUGGGAUUGAUGAGUGUAGUGAUAUGCCUGUUGAGGGAUUUGCUGCUGCUUUGUUGAAGGGUUAUGGUUGGGUUGAAGGUCGAGGGAUAGGUAGGAACGCCAAACAGGAUGUUAAAGUUGUUGAGUAUAAAAAAGGCUGCACCGGGUUUGGGUUUAUAGGAAAGGCUAAACAAGGUUUAUAUGCAGGCAAGGAAGUGAGAGGAAAGGAAAUGGGGAUGAAAGGGGUCGUUUUGGAGGUCAAAACCGGUGGGGUUUUGGUGGUUUCUACACGGGAUGAUGAGGUGCAAGUUCGGGCACGGGAUGUCGCUGAAUUGGGUUCCCUGGAGGAGCAGAGCUGUUUGACAGAAUUGAAGAUUAAACAAGAAAAGAGUAAUCUCGCGGGGAGGAAAAGAAGUAGAGAUGAAACAAGUGCAUCUUGGCUUGCUCCUCACAUUAGAGUUAGGAUUAUAAUUAAGGAUUUGAAAAGGGGAAGGUUGUAUUUAAAGAAAGGGGUAACAAUGGAUGUUGUUGGCCCGACUAGUUGUGAUAUUUGUAUGGAUGAAACUAGGGAGUUGAUACAAGGUGUGGAUCAGGACUUGCUCGAGAGGGCUCUUCCAAAGCGUGGUGGUCCCGUUCUUGUUCUGUAUGGUAGGCACAAAGGUGUGUAUGGUCACUUGGUUGACAAGGAUAGUGAGAAUGAGACUGCAAUUGUCCGAGAUGCUGAUACCAAGGAGUUACUCAAAGUAAGACUUGAACAAAUUGCUGAGUAUCUUGGAGAUCCCAACCACCUAUUAGGAAGGGUUCUGUUUUAAUUAGGCAUCUAAGUAGUUAAUUAUAAAUUAUCACAUUAAAACUUAUACGGAUCUAUGUAUAUUUUUUCUAAUUAUCA